AUGGCCGCGGCGAGGAGGGCGGCGACCCUGAGGGCGAGGAGGGCGGCGAGGAGGGGCCGCGGCGAGGAGGGCGGCGAGGAGGGCGGCGACGGGGACUUCCGCUUCGCGCGGCGCUUCACGCCCGAGGGUGUGCUGCGCGAGCCCGGGGAGCGGCGGCGCUUCCUGGAGCAGCUCGUGCGCUGGGAGGGCCACUUCGUGCGCCCGGGCGCGGGCGUGGCGGCCAGCGGCCUCACCUACGACGGCUGCCACAUCCAGGAGGCAGACGCCAGCCUCCGCGUCAGGACGCACUCGAACCCCUCCAAGGAGGCCCUGCACCUGGCGCUGCUCUCGCUCGCCGUGCGACGCGCGGGCCUCGCCGCGGGCCUGCUGCCGCCCGCGGAGGCCCUGCGGCAGCUCGAGCGCAAGGCGGCCGCGCUCGAGGCCUUCCGGGCCGCGAGCCCGGACAGCCACGGCUUCAUGCCGUGGUUCGAUGCGCGGGGGGCCGGCGGCCCGCUGGAGCCCUGCGUGGCGACCAGGUACAACAAUGGCCUGCUGGGCUGGUCGCUCUACGGCGCCGUGCGCGCCCUGCGCGAGGCCGGGCACGCGGCGCUGGCGGACCGCCUCGACGCCCACCUCGAGGAGAUGCGGAGCUGGGCCGUGCGCCUCUGCUACAAGGGCGGGGGCCGGGUCGCGGCGUACUUCACCCCGCGGCCGCGCGGCGCGGAGCCGCUGCUGUCCGAGCAGGACUGCGAGGACCCCUUCGCCGGCGAGGUGCUCUGCCUGUUCUUGGACCUGCUGGCGCGCUGGGAGGGCGGAGAGCACGGCGCGGAGGCGCGCGACGCCAUCUGGUCGCACCCCGGGCGGCGCCGCUGGCUGAGCACCAGCGUGCUGGAGCUGGGCGAGUGCGACGGCGACGGGCCCGGCCCGGCCAUCGAGGCCAUGCUGCACGGCACUUUCUCCGUGCACGAGGAGUGGAAGUUCCUGCUGCUGCCCUACACGUCGGUGCCCGCCUGCCGGCGGCUGCUCCUCGCCUCGGAGCGGGCGCGCACCGCCUUCGCGCGCGCGAGGGGGCUGCCCGGCAUGCUGGGCGACUGCCACGUGCCCGAGGACUGGCGCGGCGGCAGCCGCGGCGGGCUCGAGUACGUCACGAGCUUCGGCAUCCCCGCCCUGUCGGGCCUGCCGGCGGACGAGGCGCGCAGCGACGCCGUGGCGGCGAGCGGCCCCUUCGCGCUGCUGCUCGCCGAGCCCGCGCUCGGGGCGGCCUGGCUUUGCGAGACCCUCCGCGCCUGCCCGGACAUGCAGACGCCGUGGGGCAUGGCGGAGUCGUGCCUCGCCGACGGGUCUGCGGCCUGCCCGCUGCUCACGUGGGACACGAAGGCGACCACGACGCUCGCCGCGCUCGGCGGCCUCGGGGGCAUGGUGCGGCGCUUCCUGGAGCAGGACGGGCUCCUCGCCCGCUUCGAGCGCGUCCUCGGGGCGCUGUACUCCGAGUUCGCGGUGCCCUGGCCCCUCCGAGGGGAAUCCCUCGACUUCGCUCCACCGCCAAGCGUGCCGGUCGACAUCGGCGGCGCCUCCAGGGAGGAGGACCCGGCGGGCUUCGAGAGGGAAAUGGUCAAGGGCUGCCGGGGCGUGGAGCUCCCGCCCUGUGACGAGCGCGCGCUGCGGGCGCUGCGCGCUUGGUUUGAGCGCCACGAGGACAGCGACCCCGACGCGCCCUACUGCACCCCGUCCACGCUGGAUGACUGGUCCGAUUGGUUCCUCGUGGGCGAGCAGCGGUUCAGGGCCGAGGGCCCCGAGCGCGAGGAGCUGUACAGGCACGUGGUCGCCAUGUUCGACCUCGGCAUUCCCCUCGCACUGCUGGCGCGCCAGGCGCCCAGGUACUCGCUGUUUCUCGACCUGGACAUAUACGGCGCUCUCUCGCGGGAGGCGGCGGCGGGGGAAGCUCACAGGCUCGCAUGGGACGACCGGCUGGUCCUGCUCCGUUGCAUCGGGGCCGCGGUGAUCCAGGUUUAUCCCCAGCUUGGGGCGGGCCUGGAGGUGGCGGUGUUCUGCUCGUCCGGGCCUUGCACGGUCCACGGCAGGGAAAAGGCCUCGUACCACCUGGUGUUCCCGCAGGUCGUUGUCGACCGCCCUGUCAAGGCGUGGCCCGACUGCCCCGACGGCCCUCGCCCAGCCACCCACGGCCGGCACAUCAUGGUGGUCCGGGACCACAUCGUCCGUGCCCUCAUCGCCGAGUCCUCCCAGCCGGGGCCCCUGGCCGACCUGCAGGAGCUGCUGCUCGAGUGCUGCGACGAGCUCGUGACCGACAGCGAGGGCGAGGAGGGCAGCGGCGGAGGCGAGGGCGAGGAGGAGCCGCCCGUGUACCGCAACGGCUGGUCCGAGGUCGUGGACGACAAGCCCCUGCGGCACGAGCCGUGGCCCGACGCCUUCACGGGCUUCCGGCUGCCGUUCACGGACAAGGUGGCGCCGGCGACCUCCGCCCUGGAAGGGCGCCCGAAGGUGCCGCUGGGCAGGUGGCUGCUGCGCGCCGAGGGGGAGCGGGGGCCCUGCGGCCCCCGCCUCUCGGCCGAGCGGCUGCCAGACCUGGGCGCGGCGGAGUGGGUCGGCCUGGGGGACGUGUCUGUGUGCCCGGGCGAGGGGCUGACUCCGUGGGAGGCCGCGGCGAUCUGCCAGGAGGCCCGCGAGGAGUUCGACCAGCUCUUCGAAUGA